ACCCAUGGGGUGGGUUAAGUGACGUUCACCGAGCAGGGACGGGUCUUGUGAUGGUAAACAAACCUGCAUAUGAGAACAUUUCAACAUAGCAUUUAAGGAGCAAGACAUCAGUAGGCUACUCGUCAUUUCAGCAAGAAUUGUUAUCAAGAUUUCAACAGAGUUCCAUCAAAGGGGGCACUCAGGAACGUCUCCACAAUGAUCGGAAAGUUGCUCUCCCAUAUCCUUGGCAACAUGGAGGAGGAUGCCAUCAUAGGAGUCAACAGUGCUCAGAAUGACAAUGGCGAGGAUCUUCUGGAGUAUGAUGACGGUGAAUGGAUUAUAAUCAACAUUCAUGAAGGCCAAUCUCUGUCCUCUGCUGAUGUUGACCCUCUGGAGAACCUUCUGAUUGAACACCCAAGCAUGUCUGUGUACAAGAUGGUGUCACCAAGAACAGAGGAAGAGGAAGAUGAAGAGCUCUCAUCGGAUGAAGAUGAAGAGGGUUCUCCCAGGCCUGUGCCCUUUAAACGCCACCUGUCGUGGAGGCUUGCUGGGUGGGGGAGUCCCCUGCCAUGCAGUACCAUCCAGUGUGGCAAGACCCAAAUGGACCGCAGAAAGCUGUCCCGCAACGCCCUCCAGAGGCAGAACCUUGCAAGGAUUCGCUUCUCACCAUCUGACCGUCGCUACGGCUUCUUCAAGCAGCCCUGCCAACGCCUUUACAACUACUGAGCUCU